CAGGUGCUUUACGGACUCGCAACUAUAUUAACUUUGCAUUGUUAAUUAAGCGGUCGCCGGUGCGGUUCAUCCUGGUCUACCAUAACGAGCGCUUCGCAGCAGCAACAGCAGUGGCGUAAUCUAUUGCCACCUCAGGGUACCAGUUAGUGACGCUUGCGUGCGGCGCCGCGACGCCGUAACCCCGCCCGAUGGACGCCAGUAGCAUAGCAGCGAUGGACAAGGACGCAUUGAAAAAGCAGAUCGAGAACAUGAAAUACCAGGCUUCAAUGGAGCGUUGGCCACUGUCGAAGAGCAUCGCCGCGAUGCGGGAGUACGUGGAGGAGAACGAGAAGAACGACCCAUUGAUCCACGCCCCGGACAAGAAGAACAAUCCGUGGGCCGAGAAAGGAAAAUGCGUGAUCAUGUAGAGAAGACGCCAACGCCGAACAUUCCUCACCAAAAGAAAAAAGAAAACAAAACAAAAAAAAAAGAACAAACCAACAGCAAGCAUAAUACAAACAAAACAAAGCAACAUGGUUUAUUUUAUCUCCGUACACACGAAACACCAACCCGUUCCUCCGGACUUCUGGGCUUCGAUCCUACCUAUCUUCACCACAAGCACUCGACGCAUCUCAACACUCCACCAAAAAAAAAAAAGACUCAUCGCACCAGAACUACAAAGGACCUCCAAGUUCUUCGCAUAUCAAAGCCCCCCUUGUAAACUCGUAUGAUUUUCCCGCAUUUUGGUGUAAUUGUUAAAGGAUGAAGAUGAGCAAGAGGACGAAGAAGAAGAAGAAGUAAAAAGAAGAUCAAUUGUUAUGUAGUUUUUUAAAAUAAGAGUUUGCAUGUGUUUCGAAACAUAGAAGAGAAGAACAACAAUCAUAUAUAUAUAUAUACGUAGCGCGCUUUUUUUUUUAAAUCUGGGAAUUUCGUUUUCGAUCGUUUCGUCGACGCUAGUCAACUGAGGGUUUUUGGCGAUUAGUUUGAGGGUUUUGUGAUUGGAGAGGCGGACGUUCGCGGCGGCACCGCGCCCUUAUUUCAAACACUUCCUGUUUUCCGGGUUUCGGUUCGAUUUCGUUUCGGUCCUUUCGAUUGAAGAUGGAAAAAAAA